AACCCCACUCUCUCCCCUAUCCCUCUCCCUGCCUCCAUCUCCCCCGACCUCCUCCCUCCGGGAGGGGGGGGGGCUUAGCCAGGAGGGAUGGGCUAGGGGACAGCCUCUGGCCAUGAACAGAACAGAGGAGGGUCGGGCCGAGAAUUUUAUUCGCGAAGCGCCGCACAUUUACGGUGGCUUUUAAAGCCGGGUGAGCCGCACUGUGCGGGAGACCUUGCCUCUCUCCGCGCCAUUUAUGUCAUCAUCGUCUCAUGUAGCUCUCUGCGGUGGGGAGAGGGGGGAGGGGGGCGUUCUCCCCCAUUGUUCGUCUUCUCCUACUGGCACACACGCACACCAUGGCUGCUGUGGUGAGUGAAGGACGGAUCUUUAAGUACGGCGAGGACUGCAAGACAUCUUGGAAGGAGGCGGGCGCCCAGUACGAUGACACUGACACCCAUCUGCAGAUCAUGGGCAAGCCCGUGAUGGAGCGCUGGGAGGCACCCUACAUGCACAAGCUGGCGUCCAUCGCCAGUUCCAAAGGCGGUAGGGUGCUGGAAAUUGGCUUCGGCAUGGCCAUUGCGGCCACCAAGAUCGAGGAGCACGACAUCGCCGAGCACUGGAUCGUCGAGUGCAACGACGGGGUGUUCGCACGUCUGCAGCGAUGGGCAGGGCAGCAGCUGCACAAGGUGGUCCCACUGAAGGGCUUGUGGGAAGACGUCGUGCCUACGCUGCCGAAAGGACACUUUGACGGGAUCCUGUACGACACUUACCCUCUGUCAGAGGAGACCUGGCACACCCAUCAGUUCAACUUCAUUCAGGGUUACGCUUAUGACCUCCUGAAACCAGGCGGUGUGCUGACCUACUGCAACCUCACCUCCUGGGGCGAGCUCAUGAAGAGUCAGUUCACCGACAUCAACAAGAUGUUCCAGGAGACACAGCUGCCUCGACUCGAGGAGGCCAAGUUCAAGCGGGAAAACAUCAGCACCGAGGUCAUGGACUUGGUUCCACCUGCCGACUGCAGAUACUAUUCUCACGCGAAGAUGAUCGCCCCUACUGUCGUCAAGCUGUAGGCAUUUGGCCGGCAUCCAGGCAGCUCGAGGCAGCCAGGGUGCGACUUUGGUUUGUUGCCAAGAUUUAUGUCUGCCGUGUGUUAAGCCUGGUCCACGUGUAACGAUUUUCUCCGAUGCUACGAGAGGGAGAUUGUCAUCUCCAGCAUCGCACCGUUGUCACUCUGCAGUUCGUACAAAACGAUAAAUGUAUUGCCGCUUUGCUGUCGCAGUGUCAUGGUGUUAUGUGCUACUGGUUCUGGCAACAACAACAAUGGCGGCGAUUGUGUUGUCAUAUCAGAUAUAUUCACUGCUCUCUGCCAUGCUCUUAUAGCAAAAGAUGACAUCACAGGAUUGAUGUUGCCUCCCUCUGCUGUAGCGUGAUUGAGGUUACUAGCUUUUGGCUGUAUAAAAACCCUAAAAUCAUGAUACGGACAUACCUCGAUAAACGUUAGGGUUGCGUUUUUCGAAACCUGAACGUAAAGUGAAACAUCGCACUGUAUCGAAACGUAUAUUCCCAUAAGGUCCCAUUAUCUAACCGAAAAUGCGUUCCUAAGAAAAUAUUUUUGACCCAAAACCGACUAAAAUAACACUUUCCAGCACAAACAAGAUAUUGUCAUGCAUAAAUAUGGAGAAUAAUAAGUAGACAGGUAAUCUGAGAUGUUGAGGAUGUGGGGGGAGGGGUGACUGGAAGGGUGAGGGUGGGGCAGUGCGCGCAGCUGCCCCCCCCCCUCCGUGAGGACGUAUGCACAGUACGUACGGUAAGUACAGGCCGAAGCGUGGUGGAACGUACGUUUAGUUUUUAACUUCACGGCUUGGUUUGUAAACGAGUGGCGAGGCUAUGCAACGUGGCAGCCAGGAAAAUGGCCUGGAACCGUAUACAAUGCAGACGUGAAUUUACUGCAGGUGUUUUGAUUUCCCCCCCCAACACCAAAACAGUACAAUUUAGAGCAAACGAGACGUAAUUAGAAAAAAGUGUUAAUUUAUGAUGAACGUAAUAACUAAUCGGCGUAAAUCGAGUUACCGGGGUACGCUUGAUAUUUGAACUGAGCUUCAUACUGAUCACACGUACCACAAGUGGCUGACCAAUCCAGGUGACCUCAUUUAGCCACCACGGUGUGUGAGCAGUGUAUAUCACACGGCAGACACAUCAGGCUAAUUCCCAAAACCAGAAUUUCACUUUUGCUGCCGGUAACAUGGAGCCACGGUUGCAUGGAUUGUAACAACACAUCGUGUAAUAAAUACUGAAUGUGCAGCUAAUAAGUAUAGACGUGAGACUUCAGUAGUAAUUUUGUAAAAUGUUGGAUUUAUUUUGUUUGAAAACGUAGACCUUUAAGUAGAAUAGUUGGGUGAUCUUUAUCUGGAGCACAGGGAGAAGAGGAAAUCGACAACUCGAAGGACACCAGAUGGAACCACAUCUCGUGUGCAGGAUGCUCAUAGGUCAUGUUGUUACCAUGGCGAGCACAAUCGUAAUACCGUAUACGGUAUUUUUUUACUUGUUUUAAGCGUUUUUCACUAAACCUAUGAUGGAAACCUCAUUUUACUCUAGCAGGGGCCAUAUGCUCUGUACGUUAGCUCGUUGUCAGUGUAUUCCUAGUUUAGGCAGUAUAGUUUUGCACGGACCCCAAUUUUGUAAAUAUAAACUAAUUUCAAACACGUAAAAAAGAAGUUGUUUGAUGGAGUUGUUUGAUGCCUUAUUCUUGAACUAUUUGCAUCAUGAGGUUAUUUUACUUUAAUAAUAUUCGUACAUUUUAAUUAUAUUCCCGAUUGAUGGCUUACGUAUGACUUGUAUGUUAGUGGUUAAGCUUAGUACGUGUGUAGUACGGUUGUAAAAGGUACAACAAAAGUAGAGAUUGCAAAAGUGGUAUUUUUCGGCUGAAAGACCCCUGACUGCUCAUCAACGAUUCAAGGUACGGCGAGUGUUAUCAUCAGUCUCCCAGUGGUGGUUUAAAAACAAUCCGUAAUGUGUUGUCGUGGUGUGUGGAAAAAACCCCCCAUCUAACUUGCAAAUGAGGCUAUGCAUAAUUGAACUUAAAUGUUUUCCCUGGUGCGAAAGCCAAUACAGUAGUACUUUGUAUCGAACCAAAUAACAUCCAUUACGAACUGCUACACAUUCCACACACCUCUCGUCUUUGUCUUCUCGCCUUUGUUGGAGGUAAGUGACAGAAGGUUUGUAGUGAAAUAGUGUAUACACAAAACAUGAGUAGUAUUUGUGUAGCUAAGAAACAUACCCUCAUGCCAAAUACUUGUUUUGUCGAUUAACGGGAAGUGAAACAACUUCCUGCUGGUGGUUGUACAAAAUUUAGGCAUGGAGCAAUGCACCAAUUCAUUGAUUAAAAUGAACUCUUAUCGCGAUAUGCACAUCGAAUUGCGUUGGUAACAAACAAUUAUGCUCACUUUUGACUUAAAGCUUUCGUGACAGCAGGGAUUCAUAUUCUUUGGGUCUUUCGGUAAAGUCACAUAGGUUCAAAGAAAAAAAACUACGACGUUUCGAUCGCAACACAAGCGGUCAUAGUUUUUUUUGUUAUUUUUUUUGAACCUAUCUACGUGACUUUACCGAAAGACCCAAAGAAUAUGCUCACUGUAUUUACAAUUCCACAAAAUGAUUUGCCAAAGAUAUGCUGAUAUUACAAUUCGGUUAAUUUGGGCAGACAAAGCAACACAAGUGAGACCUAAAAAAAACGAGAAACAAUAAAGAGACAUUAAAAUUUGAACAUAAAAAGUUAAUUCGUAAAUCAAAUUAUUAAUCAAGAUCGUGACAAUGCAUUAACUCACUGGAGGGGCAACUUUUGUUACCUAUAUAGCACGAUGCACGCCGAGGUGAAAAGACAUUAGAUCACACAUGAGCAGAAUCAUACUUUAUCCACUUUCAAAAUGAUCCCCGGGCAUCCAUUCCUGACUUGGGCGCCUCUGUGUGUGGAUUUUGUAUGUUCUUCCCCUGUUCUGCACGGGUUACUUUUGGGUGGGUUAUCCUGGUUCCCCCCUCCCCCACAUAACUGUGAAAUAUGCAAUGUCAACCCUGGUUCAAAUUUGCCCAAUUUGAAAAAUUACUCUUAAAGCAAGAAUCUCCCCCGACUCCCUUACUGGCAAACAAAUGGCCAUCGCCGAGCCAGGCGUUGAGUCAUCUUGUACCGCACAUGGUCGGCUGCCAGUAGUGUGAAUGGUGUCUGCGCUGAGACGUCUCACCACCCGAGACAGCGCAUUAAUUCAGAGGAGAGAUGCCAGCCAAAAUGGGGACAGAAUAUCCCCAACACGUUCGCAAUAAAGGUCAACCCAUACUUUGAUUUAGCGAUGAAACUCGGUAAACUGAAACGACCACAGCCGCAUGCAGGGACAAUGUCGGGAAUUAUUUACACAUGCUGUUCAGUAAAUUCUUGCACGCCCAUGCUCUUCACAAUUGUUUCCCUUCAACUUUUAAAGCGAGACGUUCCUGUAGUGUUUCAAAGGUGGUGUGAGCAAUGGCGAUUCUAGCACUGCAUACAGCACGUAUGUUCAGCCAUUGGUGGAAUUACCCCCCAGAUUCUAAACCCCUGGCCUGGUUAUCACCACUGCUCCACUCAAGAGACUUACUUUCUGCCUCGAAACACUCCGCUCCUGCAACACAAUAGCACUCGCGUCAUUUUAAGCAAAUAGUAUUUUUACAAUUUUAAAAAGCAGUAUUUUGUAUAAGAGCGUAUCGAUGUUUUAACCCGAUUUCUAACUGUCGUUAUUAUUCUAUUUGAGGGGGAUAACAAAGUAGAGUAGUUCGUCGAGUAGUUGGUAAGAGUCGCGUAUUAAAGUGUAACACUGUUAACUCUCCCUUUAUAGCGGUAUUUACACGUGCAGUUGUACAUGCCUGUGCAUACGCUGUUAAGUGUUCAGUAUUUUAAAGCAAAUUAGGUACUAUGUAAUAUUUUGUAUUAAUGUUAGACAUUAAAAUUACGUAUGGUAAUACAGUACCACAGAUCAUUUUAAGUGGACAUUGUGGCAUUACAUUGAACUGCGUAAGUCUGUCUUGUCCGUUAAUAUUAAUGCCAGAGAAUCAAGGGAGUGGCCGGAUGGCUCAGAAGUCAGAGCACUGAGCUGGUAUAGCUGAGGUCCUCGAUUCGAAUCCAGGCAGUUGCCCAUGUUUAUUAAACUGAGUUCUCAAGCCGUAGUGAGUUGAUUGUCUCAUCCCGGUCAACAAUGACUGCACAAAGAGAGAAAACAUCGCAUCAAAAAUUGUUUCUGCACUCCGAUUUGGACAAGUUCCUGCUCCGAGGAUAAAAAAAUAUAUAUUGUAUUCACUGUCAUUCGACGAACCCCACCCACUCUCAUAUACAGAGGCGGGUGGGAAAAUGCUGCACCCUGUUGUGUGUGGACCAGCGGUCACUUGCAGGCAUCUCAAGAGGGUAGUAGCUCUGUGAUACCCGCUUCAGUGAACCAUUCUCAAACACGAAGGGUGGCAACCACUGCUCUUAGUUUUGUGACACGACACCGAUAACUCAGUCGGGGUCACAUUUGGGAAACUUUACAUGCAAAGCCAGGAUCAAGAUCUAAAUGAAGGAAAUAAUUAUUUUGUUUUAUAUCGGACUUUUAAAAAUAUAUAAAUAGAAUAUUUUUAACGGAAAUGUAAUCUGCACGUUUUUCGCGGUUUAUGGAACGUAUAUCCGCAGAUGACAGGAUCUGCGAUAUGCCCCCCAUAUCAAUUAUGAUUUACUUUAUUGGUGGUCUGUAUAUUAUUCAUAUGAAGUAUGGACAAUGUGGCAUUAAUGACCCGAUUUAAUUUGAAAUUACAUUACUACGUCAAGUUAUCCUUGGAAAACAAAACAGUACGUUGUCACAAAAGGCUUUCAAAUGGUUUACAUACAUUUCGUGUACAGGCACUCUACUUACGAACGAGUUAGGUUGCAGAGGUCUGUUGGUAGGUCGAUGUGUUCGUAAAUCCAACUUUACUCUUGUUAAUUCCAAACAUGUUGCACGGCAUGUACACAAAACACGGGGAGUUACUUAAAACGUUGUAUAAUCUCCUGGAGAUGGAGAUUCCACUGGUUAUUAAUGUUCUGCAGAUGUAGAUACCACCACCAUCUAUUGCGCGGCAGUUGAACUUACAACUCUCGAUCUGAACAGGCAACUGGACAUAGACAGGUUUGUUCGUAUCUCUGAAAGCUCGUUUGUCGAAUGUUCGUAAAUAUACGAAUUCCUGUACCUACAUUGUGAAUAUGCUAAAAGUAAUUAAGCUCUUUUAUUUAUAAAAAAAAACGUUAUAUUUCAAUUUCACCAAGAUCUCGAUCCUUGGCUUAAUAAUAGUUGCCGUGUACUGUGCAGGUGUUAGCAUGACAGGGCAGCAUGUUGCACAUAACCGUCAGUUUACAGAAACUGCUUACCUUAACGUGUGCAGGACAAGAUAGCAGUUUUCAAAAUGAACUUGUAAUUUUGUAGAAAUUAGUUUUGUACUUUAAUUACAUGACGUGUGUUGUAUUCUUUUGUUUCACAACAGCUUAAUGAGACACUGAUGAAUGGUGCUAAUGCGUGAGCAGCUGAGGCCAUAGAAAGGGCUCUGUUGAGCUUCUUGUUGGCGAUCAAGAUGUAGUGCGCGAGAAAAAAUAAUAAUAGACAUUAGAUGUGAUUGUACAGUUAGCUUGUAACGAUGAAAACGAGUGUUGUUUAAUGUCGUUUUGCUUUUUCACUCAUAGACGUGCCCGAUUGAUGAGAGCAGUCUACGAACAUGAUCCUUUUGCUGCGUGAUGUUGUCCAGUUUGCUCCAUGGAACUGCACACGUUGAUAUUCCUCUGUGCAUCAGCUAGUGUUCACCUUGCAUUGAAAAUUAAAUAAAAAAUGUAGUCCCUUACACA